AUGGAUGAUACAGCUUUUAGAAAAUUAGUAAGAUCUUUAAAUAAAGAGCAAAAGCUUUUCUUUUAUCAUGUGUUGCAUUCCGUCAAAGUAAGCUACAAACCACUCAGACUUUUCUUAAGUGGGGGGACUGGUGUUGGCAAAAGCUGGCUUACAAAUGCUUUGUAUGAAGCACUGAUUAGAUAUCUCAAUAGCGUUGCUGGCGAAAACCCAGAUGAUGUAAAAGUUGUAAAAGUAGCUCCAACCGGGAAGGCUGCAUUCCAAUUACCAGCAAAUAGAGGAUGGGAAUACUGUACUCUUAAUAGUGAUAGGUUAAAUACUAUACGAUCAAAACUCAGAAAUCUUAAGAUCAUUUUUAUUGAUGAAAUAUCAAUGGUGGGAAGCGGCAUGUUUAACUUUUUGAAUUUACGUCUGCAGCAGAUUUUAGGGAGCAAAUUGCCAUUUGGUGGCGUUAGUUUUAUCACUGUUGGAGAUUUGUUUCAACUUCAACCAGUAUUUGACAGGUGGAUUUUUGAGAAUGACAAAUCCAACUAUAGCCCCUUAGCUCCUAAUUUGUGGCAGACCUAUUUUGAAAUGUAUGAACUACGCCAGAUAAUGAGGCAAAAGAAAGAUAAACUUUUUGCUGAACUGCUAAAUCGCUUAAGAGAAGGAAACCAUUCUCAGGCUGAUAUCGUAACAUUAAAUGAAAGAAUUGUAACCAACAUUUCGAAUAAUAACUGCACUUACAUGUACUUAACUCAUUUAUUUGGAACUGAUGCUUUGGUUAACCUACAUACAGUAAUAAUGCAAUUUUUUCAAUGUCAACUAAUGAAAAAGCACAGGUACCAGCAGUUGAUAUUGUUGUAAGGGAUAUAUCUGAACAGCUAAAACAAAAGAUGAAGGAAAAAAUCCCCAAUGAUCCCACCAAAACAAUGGGCUUGUAUUCAAUUGUAUUUGUUACAGUUGGAGCAAAAUAUGAUUUAACAUCUAAUGUAUCAGUUCUUGAUGGAAUGACCAAUGGAACUGAAUGUACUGUUUGCAAAAUUGAUUACCGAGUAACAAGCUCUAAUAGACCAAGUAUUAUUUGGGUUCUAUUCUCUGAAGAUACUGUAGGAAAAAGCUGUCGCGAAAGUCAUCAGCAUUUGUACAAUGCAGGAGUAGCAGCAACAUGGACCCCCAUUCUAGAGAUUACAAGACAGUUUAAAGCUACUCGAAACAAACAAGUGAAUAUUUUACUUAGCCAAUUUCCAAUAGGCCAUCGAUCUGCAGCAAAGACGAUUCAUCGCUGUGAAGGAGAUACUCUUGACGAAGUAGUUGUUGACUUUUCUCCCUAAACAAGAGAGCACGUGCAUUAUGUGGGGCUUAGUAGAGUAAGAAAUAUUGCUUCUCUCCACAUUCUUUGUUUAAAUGAAAAUAAAAUAAAAGUAAGCCCAAAAGUAUUAGAGGAGAUGCUCAGGCUAAGGUCGAACAGGCUUCUUAAUAUAUGUCUUCCAUCGUUAGAUAGCGUUUGCUAAAAAUACAUUUUCAAAAUGUAAGAUCUCUUCACCUUCAUGUUGAUGAUGUUUUGACUGAUUUUAAUGUUCAGGCAGCUGACAUAAACAUAUUCGUUGAAACAGCUUUAUGCUCAAAUGACAAUGAUGAUGAUUAUUCUCUUGAAGGAUUUGAUCUAUUUAGAAAUGACAUUGAGCCACAAAUUGUUACCCGAACUCCAUGUGGAAGUGCUAUUUAUAUUAAGAAUUCGUUAGAUUGCAUAAUACUUCCAUUCAGAUACAAUUACAACAAAGUAGAGAUAACUAUAACUGUGAUCAACCAUCCUUCGUCAAAUGGGCAUGUUCAUAUUGUUGGUAUAUAUCUUUCCCCAACUAAAGUUAAAUUUAGUCAAUUUAUUGAAGCAUUAGAUCAUCUCCAAACAACUCAUCUUGUGAACCAGCAAGCAAUUAUUUUUGGAGAUUUCAAUGUUGAUUUAAGCAAGAAUUCCCAUGAAUACAAAGCUCUUUUAUCAAAUAGGUUCAAUCCAAAGGUUAUACUCAACUUAUCACUAAUUGUACAACAGAUUACCAAACUCGAAUAGAUCACAUAUACACAAAUAUUCCAAGGUUAAUAUACACUUCAGGUGUUCUUGAGUCAUAUUAUAGUGAUCACAAACCAAUAUUUGCUUGCAUCAGACUGUAACUAUUACUAUAAUAAUGGUUUUUAUUUUUUUAACACAGGCUGCAGGCGAUUAUGGAUUGCAAUAAUGAUGGUAAGUUGCUAUACAUACAGUGGACGGUGAAUUUAUGUAUUUGAAUAUUUGCAACUUUGUAAAUAAUUUAAAUUAAGCCUUAAAAUGGAGAAGUCAAAUGUCCGAAACGUAGCAAAUGAUAAAUUAUUUUUAAAACCUUUCAUAUUAUCCUACGGAUUUAUUGAAUUAAAACAGAAAGAAUAUUAUAAAGAAAAUUAAAUUUUAUAGCAGUAAUCCACAACAUUUUGUACCUAUAAAUGGGAUUUGGUAUUAGACCAUCAUCAUUUUCAAUUUGCUUAAAGCCAAUUAAAUUAAAGCCCCAAAAUCUAGAUAAUUGAGAUCUAGAGAUCCCAACACAGUAUGUGCAAUUAAAGGUAAGAGUAAUUGUUAUAGUAAUAAUAAUGAGUUAUAUGUAUGGAGUAAUGAAUAUAGUAUUUACUAUUUAAUUAAUAAAUAGUAUUUAUUUAUUUUAUUCACCAAAUUCUUUCUUACUAGAACAAACUACAUCAUCACCCAAGUCAAAGCCAGAGAACUUACAAACAGGUACUGCAAAAGUAAUUGUUUUAAUGAACAGGGUUGCUGCGUUGUGUUGUGUUGUGUUGUGUUGUGUUGUGUUGUGGUGAGUAUAGUAACUGAAUGUACUGUAUAUACAUCUAAAUGUGGGCAAGUAGUUUGUUUCAGUAAUGUAAAACUACAGUGAUACAUCAGAUUAAAUAAAUAUUACUCUUGUCUCUAUUUUAUUAGAAAAAUCUACAUUACCACCAACAACACCGCCUACUAGGUGGCCUACUACACCAACAAGGCCAAACAGAACAUCAAGAACGAACAGUUUAGAAAUGCCAAGUAAGCAAUUUCCCUGUUUUCUACUGUGACACAAACUCUAGUUGCUGCGGAGCGAGGCUGAGCGAGCGAAGUAGCAGUCUAAUUUGUGCAGAGAGGCAUCUGUUCAGUAAUUGUUUCUAGCGCAAUGCAUUGUGAUCGUGCUCAGUUGUUGUGCGCAGUACGCAUCCACCCGAUUUUACGUGCUUUAUCCACCCGAUUCCAUGUGCUUUGACUCACUAUACAGUUUAAUACUAUGUAUAUAUUAAUGUGGUAAAUGCGGUAAAUACGUUUUACGAAUGCUUAGUCGUUUGUAUUUAUACAAUUAUACGCCUACUGAAGCAGCGCGUAAUUCAAUGGAUUCUACUUGGUCUUGAAAAUAUAUAUUCUUGCUUAUAUGUUUAUUCAAUCAGCUGUGAUUGCCCUUUAAUCCCUGGUCUUGGCAACAAAUGCAUUGCUUUUUCUCAGUUACACUCAUGUCCUGAAUCGAUUUUGUAUCCUUAAGCUUCGGCCACAGUGUGAGUAAUAACUGCAUGUGCUUUAUAUAAUUUCUACUAUUUAGUUCUGUUUGCUCUUAAUGCCCGCAGCAAUCCCUAGUACCUUGCAGGUACCCUAGUUUAAUUUUUACUUGUCUUUUAUCUUAACAGGUAGUUUGGCAAUUGCUUAUCUGCAUAACCUAUCACCUAUUAAAGAAAGUGAAAAGAAGAACUCUUAUUUCAACAUGAAAUUACAGACUCGCAAACGUACCUAUAGGGCUGUAUGCUUUGAUUCAGAGUUACAUGAUGAAUUCAAUACCAGAUACGAAUCAUCAUCACCUAUAAAAAUCGCCAACUGCCAGAUGAAAGUCAGCCCCAGAUCGAAUUUUGAGGAAAUUCUGAUAAACAAGAGAUCAAGAAUACUGGACCCAAACGAGCAAGAGGUUGAUUUUGAUAUCGAUGUAGACCAACGCGAACCUAAAUAUCAAGGAGUCCAAGUGUCUGUUCACGAAAUCAAAAAUCUAAAAUCUGGAACACUCUUGGAUGUAUUUGGACGAAUAACUUUUCAAGGUGAACCUCAAUUUGUCAACAUCAGAGGAAACAAAGUUAAAAUGGAAGAAGCUGUUAUAACAGAUGAUUCUGCUACAGUAAGAUUGGUCUUAUGGGAAGCAGAUAUCAGCAAAAUAGAAUCACACCGUACUUACUAUCUUAAAAGAGCUAUUGUGAAAGACUUCAGCAAUCAGAACUACAUUACCCUUAAUAAGCAAACAGAAAUAAGUGAAAGUCAACGAGCCGUCAAAAGAGUGGAUGAAAAUGUUGUCAAUGCCGUUCAGCAUUUCAUCAUACCUUGCCCACCGGAAGGAGUGCAAUCCGUUCACAGAUAUGUUCUAUGCAAAAAGUGUCGAAAGGUUCUGAUAAACAGUAACAGGAAGCUAGUGAAGUGUUCUGCUUGUGGCCUAACCCAACUAAAAUCAAACUACAAGCCAGAAAUACAAGCCACUGCUUUCUUCAUUGACAAAAAUGGUACCAAAUUCUCCAUUCUUCUGAGGGACGGUAUUAUUCAAAAACUCUUCCAAGUAUACAAAUCUCAGACAAAUGACAAGCAACAUUUCGAAUUCGACCAACUAACGGAUGAAGACAUCCUGGAAAUAAUUCUUUCCAUUUCCGAAGUCAAUCUUACGUAUAACAACAACAAUGUAGCCCAAGAUGUAAUAGUAAAACAGAUACGCAAACAUCAUAAGAACAGAGAAGAGCCUCCUGUUAAAAUUAGAAAUUUGGCAGCCAGUUCACAGAAAGACGAUGACAACCUCCUACAAAAUUUGGGAAAUGAUGAUGAUGAUAGUACGGUAGCAAAUAUCAAUCUAGAUGAACAACUAGAUUAA